GUGUCAGGGAACACAGUGCACUGGCAGCGCUCAGCUGCAUGCUCACAACAGAUCGUUGUCUGGGGCAAGAGGGCAGCAGGCCAUGCAUGAAGACACAAACAGAAAAGAGAAAAUGGUGCCCUGCUUCUCUUAGGAACUACUAAAGAGAGUUUGGCUGCCUGUGUUUUCACUGCCAGACAGUCCCUGUCUUUGCUAACAGGGUGUAGUGGGAUUUGUGUUAGCCUCUGUAAUAGCUUCCAAGUCUUUUUUCCUUUGUGAAACAUGGGGUGCUCCUCAUCCAGUGAAGAGACUGUUGAUCAAGAGAAGAGACCAGGUACAAAGCCAGAGGAGAGCAAUGGAGACACAGUGGCAGUCAGAAAAGGUUACAUCACAAAAGAUGCACAAACCAUUGAGGAACAGAUGCAGCUGCCUGUGCAGACUGCCUUACCAGGUCAUCUUCAACCAGAGACCGAUGAUGUUUCAGAGGCCAUACUAGUGGCCCUGGAGGCCCAGGAGGACCUUGGCUCUGGGGAGGACCUUCUGGCUGCUCCUGAACCACAGCCAGAUCCUGCUGUUUUUGAAGCGCAAGAUUCAGAGGCUCCGGGUGCUGCUCCAAAAGAAGUCUGCUCUGAACCCGAAGCUGCUGUAGUGGGGGUGGAGGCACAACCUCCUGUGGAUGAAGAAACUUUAGAGGAUAUGGCCAUGCCUGAGGUCAAAGUCUUUGUUGAGGCUAAAGAGGAGGCCCCCAAUGUUGAGUCUGUUGCAGUAGUGCAGACAGAGGCCACUGCGGUUAACGAGGGAGUGUUUGCUGUGCCAGCUGAGACAACCCCUGCUGUUGAACCUGUUGUAUCUGAGCGAGUAGAGACUGUGGUGGCUGAGGAAGGGGCUGUAAAUGUGGACACCAAAUCCUCAGAACCAGGUGAAACUUCACAAUCAGCACCAGGUAAGGCUGUAGUACCAGAGGAAACUUCAGCAUCAAGUGAAGCCUCAGCACCUGGAGGGGCUGCAGAGCCUGUAACAGACAAUGAAAUUGCUGCAGCAACUAUUCCAGAGAUGUCUCCAAAUACUUCAGUCACAACUGGGCCCCAAGCUGAGUCUUAUCCUGAGACUGAAGCUGAAUCUGUUGCUGCUGAGCUCCUCCAGGUGGCAGAGACUCCUGCUUCCACAACAGCUGUUUCCAGGACCCCUGCAGAAAUAGUCCCAGAAGCAUCACCAGCAGCCGUCACCUCAGAGUCCAUAGCAGGCAGUGCAACCCGAGCAGAGGCUCCUGUGGCUGAACCCACCCCAUCGGACACUGAAGCACCCUCAACACCAGCUCCUGCUGCUAAUCCAGCCUCUGAACCCUUAUCUGAAGCAGUGUGUGCAACAGACGAAUUUCAAACCAAAAAGGAGGACUGACUUGGUGGAAGAUGUCAACUGGAAGAAAAACAUGAUGAAGCAAUAAAACAAACAAUUCAUUUCCAGUAUUGACUAGAUAACUAAUAUGCAAGGUGCCUUAAUAAUUUAUCUUUUAGGAAAGAUCAGAAUUUUCCCAGUAUUUGAAAAUACAAACCCUUAUGAAGUGUUUUUCUACAGAGACCUGAAGGGUCUGGAGCCACACGAAGGCUUUUGUGCUCCAAGCGCUAUGAAAACAUGUAGGAUAGGAAAUAUAAGACAAGAUGGUGCAAUAGUCUUGUUUUAGAUGUUGUCAACCCAACAAUGAAUGGAGUUGGCCUAUUAAAGUGUAGAGAAUGAUGCUUACAGUAAAGCUCUGGCUAUUUAAAAUGUAAAUUCUGCCAUGUAAUUACAUGUAGAUGUACAAAUCCACAUUUUGGUUUGGUGUUUACACAUUAUUUAACUGCAAUCUUUGUAAUGUAAUGUAAAAGGAAGGACAAUGCUGAUGCUAUGUAAGAGAGUGUACAGUCAUAAGCACUAGUGAGACAAAUUCACGCUGUCCUAAAAAACCUUUUUGAUAUAACUUCAUUGGUUUACAUGGGAAAAUAAAUUAAAUAUACAUAUUUGUUCUGUGUCAGGGAAAAAAUACAUGCAUAAUCAGAUGCAUAUAAAAAAGAUGCGUGGUCAGGCCAAGGAUUUACAGUAGUUGAUCCAAGUACUGAUAUGUCACCUUGCUGGUUCAUUUUAUGCAGCUGUGCUCUAGCUGACAGAUGUUCAUGACAUUCUAUCUCUGAAAAUGAGGGUGUUAAUGAGGCCUUGUAACAUUGAUGCCAUAUGCACACUGGUUUAGCUUUGAGUGCAUUAUAUUCCACAUAUAGUGGGCAGGGCAUUUCAAUUUUCAGUAGUUUUACAUGUUUUUUUUUUAAAUGAGUCAAAGUGAAAAAAUACUUUUGAUUGCACAUGAUAUGAUGGACAAUACUGGCAACCUGUACAGGGUGAACCCCGCCUCUUGCCCAAUGUCAGCUGGGAUAGGCUCCAGGCCCCCGUGGCUCUCGUCAGGAUAAAUAGUAUAGAUAAUGGAUGGAUGGACGAUGGACAGUGUGGGAGCCACAUUUUGUUUUGAUAUCUAUUUUGUUUGUUUCUCGGUAGUACAUUCACUCUCUGAGCUUUGUCUAUGAUUAAGCUAACCUUUUAGUGUACAGAAUAAAGAUUU